AUGGAUUUCAUGAUCUCUCAAUUUUGUGAAGAGCAAGCGCAUCAUGUUUUCAACACAAUCAACAGAAAGUCUGCUGACGAUGAUAUGUGCGCUUUGCUACAUACUGACAAAAAUGUCUCAAAUGCAGAAAAUUGUUUACCACCAGAGAUGGAACUUGGUAAUAUUGAGUAUAAAGUCAAUUUAGUUAACCCAUCUUCAUCACGUCUUCAGCAUUUGAUCACUCAGAUGAAAUGGCGUUUGCGAGAAGGACAAGGCGAAGCUAUCUAUGAGGUUGGCGUGGAAGACGGAGGUCAGAUGAGCGGCCUGUCUGAUGUAGAAUUGGAGGCUUCACUUACUACUCUGAGAACUAUGGCAAGUGCUCUUGGUGCUAGCAUGGUUAUUUUGACCGAAAGAGACGUGACCCCACGUAACACCACAUCACGACGAAGGGUGGUUGAAGUGUUGGUCCGCAAGGUUCCUGAAAGUCAACAGUUCAUAGAGUUGAGGCUGGCCGUUCUAGGCGGUGUUGAUGUAGGAAAAUCCACAUUAUGUGGUGUGAUGACUCAGGGUGUGCUUGACGACGGUAAUGGUAAAACUCGUCUGAAUCUCUUUAGGUUUCCACAUGAAGUACGAAGUGGUAAAACUAGUUCCGUCUGUCUUGAUGUCAUUGGCUUCGACUCUCGAGGGAAGCUCGUCAAUUAUGCUCAGAAUAGCUUAGAGGAAUUAGUAGAGCGGUCUAAGAAGUUGGUCACUUUGAUUGAUUUGGCUGGUGAUUCCAAAUACCUGAAAACAACUAUUCAUGGAUUGUCAGGAUAUAAGCCACAUUUUGCUUGCUUGCUCGUAUCAGCCGAAACGGGACCCACUGCUGCGACGAAAGAGCAUUUGGGAUUGGCUGCUGCACUAAAUAUCCCCAUUUUUGUCAUUAUCACAAAGUGGGAUCUCGUUGAAAAGGAGCAGUUGGAGAGGGUCAUUGCCUCUACAUCGACGCUGCUUUCGCGUGCUGGAAUGAGUGCUGGUAGCAAGCGAGUGAAGCGGAAAAGAGACGCAGUAAAGGCUGCUGGCGAUCUUUGUACGAUUGGUACAGUGCCGAUCAUGUGUGUAUCCUCUGUUACUGGCGCUGGUCUCGGGUCAAGACUUCAGCUCGCUUCCCAACCUCCGUUCUUCACAAUCGAAGAGGUGUACAAUGUGCCGCACGUGGGAACCGUGGUCGGUGGCGUGCUUUGCGAGGGGCGGCUACAUGAAGGUGACCUCGUUUUAGUUGGGCCAUACAAGGAUGGGAGCUUUGAGAAGGCUUAUAUUGCUUCGAUCAGACGUAGUCGGCAGCCAGUGCAAGCGGUGUUACCUGGAGAAGCUGUCAGCAUAGCUCUGAACAGACGGUCAAAAGGAAAUCUUCCUCUCAGAAGGGGAAUGGUGUUGCUUUCUGCUGCAACUAAGCCAACUUGUUCUCGUAGAUUUGUGGCAUCGCUGUUUUUGCUGUCACAUCCAACUCGACAUCUCUGUACUGGUUUUCAGGCAACAGUGUACAUCGGUUCUGUUCGACAAACGGCGGCUAUUGUUGAUAUCGAUAGACCAUCGCUUGAACAAGGAAAAUGGGCUACAGUGAUGUUUGAGCUCAUGAAUAGUCCGGAAUAUAUUCGCCCAGCAACGCCGCUCAUAUUUCGACAGGGAAAAACUAAAGGGAUGGGGGAAGUCCUAGAAGUUUUCGAGUGCUAGAUGUCUUUUUCAAUAUGAUAGAAAUAUUAGAAACGCACGGUUCAUCUGACGUCACUGCCUACCAUUGUACAUCGUCACAUCAUAUGUUCUCCAUCACUUCAUAGUCUCGUGCUUCUUCUAGGACUUCGUCAGGUUUUUUGUACAUCAUCAUACUGGUAGCACAUGGAAUCGUUGUAUUCUACUUCUUUUUUUCUCAUUUGGGUCCUUUGAGUAGCUGUGGUUUUUUGAGAAUUAAGCCUCUCGCAUUUAGAAUUUAUACUAGUCUAGUCACUCCUAUUUUUGGAGACUGAGAGCAUUGCACCAAAGCACGCUAGUGGAAUGGAUUCUGUCGUUCAUCGGUAAAAUUUCGGGUUUUCCCGAUACAGUCAGUUGGGAACGUAAUAUUGACUUGGACAACUUAAUCCACUCUUUCUAGCUGUUCACAUUUGUUCAGGCUUCUGUUGAAAAUCUGAGCACGUAACCAGCAAAAUGUGCAAGUUUUUUUGUCUGUAGUAGAGCGUUUUGGCUGUAUUUUGUACAUAUGUAAAAUGUAGAUAAUCUUUUCGAUUGAUCGAUUCUGCAGCGAGGACUGCGCUUUUGCUUUGUGUACAUUAUUGGUUGGCAUACUGCAUGUGGCGUCUCAUUGUCAUAUACCUUCUCUCACUAGUAAGAUCUGACGUAUGAAAUAGCAGUAAUUGUGUGUAUUUAGGCGAACUGAUUUAGAAUAUGUAUUAAUUGUCUUUACUGGUAGAGAUAAAGUGUUUAGAUCC